UUUAAAACGAACUCUCUAAGUUAUAAAGAAGUGAAACCAACUCAUAUAUCAAAUACGACCUUGUAAUAAAUAGCCAACACUGCGCCACAUUCACCACUUAAUUAAUUAAUCAUAACACGCACUUCCUUCCUACUAGAAGGGUUUUCCGAGCUCAGAGCAAAGAUGGGAAGUAAUUACAUGUUUGGGCGUGCACAGAUUUGCUAGAAGUUGAGUACCGUACCGAAUCUGAACCUGUGUAGAAAUUCAGUCUUCAUAAUGGUGGCGGCGAACAAGAUGAACAGCACAAACGCUUCCAUUGUGUUUGUUGCCUGCGUGGCCUUCCGGGAUUCUGAGGACUCGCUGAGCCAAAAGGACAGGGAAGACAUCGAGGACAUGUGUGAUCUAAGUCUGCUGUUGGAGGAAAUCUUGAUCUGGGUAUCUGUCAGUCUCGGCUUGCCAGGGAACUUGGUCGCUGCCGUCACGAUUCUCUCCCUUGAACUGACGCCCGUGACAUUCUCUUUGGCACUGCUGUCUGUCGGGGAUUUUAUUGCUCUUGUACUUAAGGUCCUAACCAAAGUCUUCAAGGACUACGCCGUGAUCACUACAGAGGACGUCAGCCACGACUGGUUCUACAAUCUACAUCAUUAUGCCGGAGUCUACGCCAACUGGACGCUCGUCCUCAUCUGCCUGGGGCGACUUGCAGAUGUCCUGGAUCCUUUCAGAAAAACUUUCAAAAUCACGCUUCGACUCUCGUACGUCACUGCCCUCGUUCUAUGGCUGGUCGUUAUUAUAAUUUAUGCAACUGUGUGCCAAGUAGAGAGCUACGGAAACAGGGCAUGGGUUAUCGUGUUCUCGACCUGCUACUGUUUCAUUCCACUCCCAAUAGUCCUCGUCUCUUCCGUCGUCUUUGCAAUUGAGCUGAAAAGAGGACAAAAGCGCCGGAAUAUCAUGUCUGACGCACAUGUCAGACAGCUUGCUAGUCAGGACAAUGCGAUGACGGCCCUUAUGCUGGCAGACUCCUUCGCCUUCGCAGUGCUCAUCAGCCCUUUGUGUGUGGUCAUGCUGGUGCAUGUGGCGUCCAGCUAUACCUGGGUGUCUCCUCACCACACGGCCUCGGCCAGUUUCUUCAUGGCGGCUCAGGUGUCCGCGGGCCUGUCCCAGCUAUCUCACGGCGUCGAUGUCUACCUGUAUUUUGUCAGUGUCAAACGGUUUCGUUUGCAGUUGCGCAAGAUUCUUCCUUGCAAGAUGUUUGAAGUCAAGCUAAAUACAUAAACCUUUCGACCAUUUUUAUUCAUUUAAUUAUUUAAAAAAAAUUAAGUCUAAGAUAUUUUCUAGCCGAGAUACUUUGGUAAAAUACCUUCAUAUCCAUUAAACCUUUUGACUAUACACAGUUUAUUAUUUCUUUUUAAAUAUUAAGUCUAAGGUCUUUUCUCUUCCCUGACGAUUGGUAAAAAAUAUUUUUGUCCCUUAAACUUUACCAUAAAAAAAAAAAAUACAGUUUUAUAACGAGUGGACUUCUUCUUGUUUCGGGUUUCAGAAUCGUCCUGGGUUUUUUUUGCUUUAAAUAUGGCACACAAAAAACGCUAUGACGGCCCUUAUGUUGGCAGACUCCUUCGCCUUCGCAGUGCUCAUCAGCCCUUUGUGUGUGGUCAUGCUGGUGCAUGUGGCGUCCAGCCAUACUUUACUUUACUUUUCCGAUCCAGCGGCCAUUUGGGUUCUAGUCCUUCGGUCUGGACGUCCAGCUAUACCUGGGUGUCUCCUCACCACACGGCCCCGGCCAGUUUCUUCAAGGCAGCUCAGGUGUCCGCGGGCCUGUCCCAGCUGUCUCACGGGGUCGAUGUCUAAUUGUAUUUUGUCAGUGUCAAACGGCUUCGUUUGCAGUUGGGCAAGAUUCUUCCAUGCAAGAUGUCUGAACUGAAGCAAAAAGCGUAGACCAUUUGACCAUAAAUUGGCAUUCUUUAUAUACUAAAGAUUAUUAAUUCUUGAUUGAAAUAUCAAUUCUUUUUAGCGAUUAAGUUCCAGGUCUUUUGUAGCUGUAAGACUUUGUUAAAAUAUUUUCUUGUCACUUAAACUUUAAAACAUGAAGUUAUAAAUGGACUACAUCUC